AUGGGAACCAACAAACAAGAAUGGAAGGAGAAAGCUGAGAAAGAUGACAAGGGGAAAGGAAUUGUAAACCCUGGACAAAUAUUGGGGACCAAUGACACCAAUGAAAUUCUGAUAGGCAGACAAGAACUAGAGCUACAUGGAGGCAACACAAGUAAGGACUGUGCCGGAAAAUUGGCUUUACAAGCACCACAAGCUGGAACAUCCAAGAAGGUUAGUGGUCAAACAAGUUCAGGGGACCAAAUCAUCACUGAAAUACAUCAAACUCCUACAGUACCUCAGAAGGUAGAGGAAUUAAGUACUAGUAAUCUGUUUGCCAGACUGGUUGUGGACUUAAAAGGUAUGAUGCCAAAUGAAACUGAAAAUUCUGCUUCUUCUGAUUUUAGUUUAUUGCCAAAAAUGGUGAUAAACAUUGAUGAAAUUCCUUUUGGGAACAAAAGAAAAAGUUGCAUAACCAUAAAUCUCCUUUAA